GCACCGGCCACGCCCCGCCGGCCACGCCCCCGCCGGCCGCGCUCUCCGGGGCCAGGGGUCGGUCCGGGGCCGUUCCGGGGCCACCGACACCGCCUCCAUCAUCUUCAGCRUCGCCACCGCCGUCAUGAGCUCCGUGCAGCAGCGCCUGCAGAAGUUCCUCCACCGGCCCGGCCCGCUCGGCGAYCUGCUGGGCCGGCUGGAAGCCCGUACCGGCGUCCAACGGCUCUACCUGGCUACAGGUGCCGUGGCUUUCCUGGGGCUGUACCUCAUGUUCGGCUAUGGCGCUUCACUGAUCUGCAACAUGAUCGGCUUCGUCUACCCCGCCUAUGUGUCCAUCAAAGCCAUCGAGAGCAACUCCAAGGAGGAUGACACCAUGUGGCUCACGUACUGGGUGGUCUACGGCGUCUUCAGCAUCGCCGAGUUCUUCUCCGACCUUUUCCUCUACUGGUUCCCCUUCUACUACGCUGGGAAGUGCCUGUUCCUGGUGUGGUGCAUGGUCCCCGUGCCCUGGAACGGCUCCCAGGUCAUCUACCACAACGUCAUCCGGCCCUGCUUCCUCAAGCACCACGCCACCGUGGACACCAUGAUGGGUCAGCUCGGCACCAAGGCGCUGGACGCGGCCUCCACUGUCACCCGAGAAGGCGCCAGAGCAUCCCUGAACCUGGCAGAGUUCGUGGAGAAGACGAAGUAAGAGGAGCAUCAGCACCCCCGGUACCGGCACUGCAGCCCCGUUACUGGGACCGGCACCGGUACCGGCACCGGCGGCCGCAGUACCGGCACCACGCUCCCGGCACCGGCGCUGUACUCCCAGUACUGAUACCGGCAUCCCCCGUUGUGGCACCGAAUUCCCCCACGCAGAUACCGGUACCGGCACCACGCUCCCAGUACCGGCAUCAUGGCCCUGUUCCCGGUACCGGCGAUCUCCGGGAUCCCGARUUCCUCCCGCCCACGUCUGUUGUUCCCCCAAUCUCUCAAUAAACUCCGGUGCCCACGGAGCGCCGCUCCCGCGUGUUCCGUGAC